UUGCUCGCCUACGCACCAGAUUGUCCCGUACUCCAAACAUUGCGUUUAUUUUGAAAUCGGGGUUAUUGCCCGGUGUUUGCUUGAUCCUUGCCCCACAAUCGAAGACCCGGGCAGGGUGUUCCCCCGAGCGGACUGAGGAGGAUUCAGCCCGGAUGCAGACAGAGCUUCGCCAUGAGGCUACAUUUCGCCGGAGCCGUGCUGCUGUCAGCGGCCGCCUACUACGUGUACCUGCCCCUACCGAACGGCGUGAGUGAGCCGUGGAAGCUGAUGCUGCUGGACGCCCUCUUCCGGAGCUGUAUGCAUGCGGGUGACAUGGCCCAGGCGCUGGGCAUGUGCCAUCAUGUGCACUUCCUCAACCGGGUGGUGUCCUGGGUGGAGGUGAUCGACGCGCGUUCCAGCCCCACUGUGGAGGUGAGCGACACCACGCUGGGAGGCGUGUCGGUGCGAGUCUUCCAGGCAAAAGGGGUCCGGAACCUCAAAAGGGGGAUUGUUUACUUCCAUGGCGGGGGAUGGAGCCUACUCAGCGCACGGAUGCGAUCAUAUGACCUUCUGUGCCGCAAGAUGGCGGAGGACCUGGACGCCGUCGUCGUGUCAGUGGAUUACCGUCUGGCUCCAGAGGCGGUGUUCCCGGAUCAGUACCACGAUGCGUUAGCGGUGGCGCGGGCCUUCAUGUCCAAUCAGGUGCUAGAGCGCUACCACUUGGAUCCGAAGCGGCUGUGUGUGUCCGGAGACAGCUCUGGAGGAAACCUGGCGGCGGCUGUUGCACAGGAGCUGGGCUCUGAUGACAGCCUCACGGUGAGGUUCAAGGCUCAGGCGCUGAUCUACCCGGUUCUGCAGGCACUGGACUUCCACACACCGUCCUACCAGCAGAAUCAGGCGGUUCCCAUCCUGUACAGACCCCGCAUGGCCCAUUUCUGGCUCCUCUACCUGGGCGCCAACCCAUCCCUGGAGGCUAUGCUGCUCGCUAACAACCACAGCGCUUUGGACCAGCAGGCCAUCAACGCCGCCACCCGGUCCAAACUGGACUGGACCGCUCUGCUACCAAAUGAACACAAAAAGAACUUCCGGCCGGUCCUCGUUGAAACUGGAUCCCCGGGGUUGCUGGACGAGGUGCCGGCGCUCCUCGACGUGAGGGCGGCACCACUGCUGGCCGAACAGGCAGUUCUAGGUAAGACGCCUAAAGCGUACGUGUUGACGUGCGAGUUCGACGUCCUGAGAGACGACGGGUUGAUGUAUGCCAGGCGGUUGCGAGAUGCUGGCGUCACGGUCACCAGCGACCACUACGAAGAAGGGUUCCACGGCUGCAUGGCAUUCGCUUAUCUACCCGUCAUGUCGAGCGUCGGGCACCGCAGCAUGGAGAAUUACAUCCGAUGGCUGGAUCAGAACCUCUAGAUGAACCAAAAAGCAAAGCUGUUCCAGAGAACAUUCUUUGGACAUGUGAUCCAAUUCUGGAUCACAUGUAGAAGAAAUGAUGGCAAUCUCAAUCACAACCUAUGAUGUCAUCACUUCCUGAUGAUGAUGAUGAUGAUGGUACCUACAGCCAAGGACACGACCGUGAUAAAACCCUAAAUCAACAAAACCACUGAAGAACUAAACCUAGCCCAAAAGAUGAUGAUUGACACUUUCUUUUUAUUUGAUCACUGGAAGCUUCCGGGUUUUUGGUUUUUCUCCCUUUUUGUCCAAGUUGGCCUUUAACUUGGAAAAGUUCAUGUGAAAUGAAACAAUGAGCCAUGGAAAUAUGCUUUGAUGCACUGAACACAUACACACACACACACACACACACACACACGUACUCAUAUACAG